GAUAAGUGUGUUGAGAGAGACAGUAGCAAGGAGUAGCACUGAGUCUAGCUAGUGCGUGUCAGCAUGGGAAAUCAAAGCUGUAUUUAGCAGUUCUCAAAGAUGUUUUAAGCAGCAAGAGAGUCCUAGACAUAUAAUGAAAAGAUGAGUAGAAAACGCAGCAUAAAGGAUUAUUACUUUUCAGUGAAUGACUUUUGUUUUGAAUGAAUUUUGUUUUGUUCACCAUUAUUUCCUAAGAAGUGUUUAGAUUUCUGUUCAUUGGAAUUAUUUGGAUGGAGGUUAGGCAGCACAGAAGGCAUUCAUCACUCGUGGGAUGCUGAUGUGUAAACAGAUUUGGGUGAAAUCGGGAAGACCUCGUGGAUAAUAAGUGCCCAUAACAACAAUGCAGCACAUCCCCACUUGCAACUGGAUUUGAAACUGUUAUGAGGGAAUUGUCCUCUUUCUGCUACCUGCCUCUUCUUAAUUCAGGAUCAAAGAAUUCUAGGAGGCUGGUGCCAUCUAUGGAAAGGAAUGCUAGUGGGAUUCAAUGGAUACAGAAGGUUACAGACAUCUCGUAUAUCUUGCCUGGAACUGUUUUCUACAUUUGAUUGGAUGUGGGCAUUAAGGUCUUUGUUUACUAAUUGAGGCAAAGCCUUUUUUACUGCAGGAGGGCUUCUUUGUUUUGCCACACUCAACCAAAAUAAUACAAUCAGCCAGGAAGAAAUUAAGCAAAACGUUCCAGUAUUCUAGAACAUCUUGUAACAACAUUAAUGAGAUGCAGCAGCACAUUUCUCAUAUAUAUGUGGCACCUGCUGAUGUGAAGUAUUUUUCCUGAAGAAGAAAAAUGAGAAUUUAGGACAUAUUUGAGAAUAUACAUAGAGCAAGCAAAAGACAAGUGAACUUCAUAGGCCAACAUCAUUAACAAAACCCUCUUGAGAGCAAUUUGUAACGGAAUACCAGCAGUUAUUUGUGUUUGCUCCAAGAAUUCUCAAAACUGCAUAUCAAUGAGUAGAAGAGACUUGGAAAACUUACAAAGUUUCGUCUUAUAUACAAAACAAUCAGAAAAUGUAUCUAAUUAAUGCUACUGAAUUAAUAAUGGUGGUUUAAAAUGGAUCUCAUAGAAAUAUUCAAGCCUUUGGUAUUCCUCCUUAUCAUCAUGGGUUCCCAAGUCUAUGGCUGCCCAGCAGAGUGCCGGUGUUACAGUAUGACUGUGGAAUGUGGCUCAUUAAGUCUGCAGGAAAUCCCUGCUGGCAUCCCUAAUUCUACUCAGACUGUAUUCUUGCAAGAUAAUGCUAUCAUGCAAAUUCGGCAGCAGGAUGUGCCUUUCCUGUCACACUUGCAGUACCUCUAUAUUCAGAACAACAGCAUUGUCACCAUUGAGCCCGGUGCCUUUCGAAACCAGCAUGGCCUACUGGAGCUGGCUCUGAACAGAAACCGCAUCCACAUCAUCAGCAACUCUGUUUUCCAGGGCCUGGAGCAUCUGAAGGUUCUGUAUCUUUCAGGAAACCAAAUCACCAAGCUAACAGAUUUCACAUUUUGUAAACUACAGAGACUACAGGAGCUACAUUUGCAGGAGAACAGCAUUGAACUCAUGGAGCAGCAGGUCAUGGCAGGAUUGUCAUCGCUGGCUUUGCUAGACCUCAGCAGAAACAACCUGCACACCAUCAGUCAGGCAGUGCUUAAACCUUUAAUUAGCCUGCAAGUAUUGAGACUUACAGAAAAUGUGUGGAGAUGUGAUUGUGCUUUACAUUGGCUCAGAACAUGGAUAAAUGAAGAUGGUCAACGACUUCUCAGUUCUGUAGAUAAGAAAAUCAUCUGUACUGAACCACCACGACUCGCUCAUCAAAGCCUACUGAAUGUGUCAACAAACAGCCUGAUCUGUAUCCCUCCAGUGGUACAAAUAGACCACACAGAAGUGACAGCUCGUAUGGGAGACGACUUGAGGGUUUCUUGUCAGGCAUCUGGAUACCCACAACCACUUGUUACAUGGAGGAAACUGGUUCAAAUAAGGGUUGCCCCAUCUAAAGUUAACUCAAGGCCUCGUAAUAGUGCACUGUUUGACCUUGGUGAGAGAAACAUUGAGGAACAGUUUGACUCUGACAUGGGAAGUGGAAUGCUGUUUCUUACCAACAUCACAGCAGCUCAUGCUGGAAAAUAUGAAUGUGAGGCCACGAACCCAGGUGGUACUGCUAGGGUGAUGUUCCACUUGAUGGUGAAUUUAUCUAACCAUCUUUCCCACUCACAUCCAUCCGCUGGCAUAAGUCAGGAACCUCUGUAUGAUAUGGACAGUAUGGAUUUUAAUGCCUUAGGAAUGGCAACACAGACAGCAAUAGCUAUAGGGAUAUCUCUGCUUGCCUUGACUGCUUUACUCCUGAUAGCUGUGAUUUACAGAAAACAUCGCAAGAGGAAAAAAGCAAAGAAAGAGGAGAACAUACUGUAUGUCAAUGACUACUCUGAUGGGCCUACCACAUUUGCCCAGCUGGAGGAAUAUCGGGAUGAAAUGGGGCAUGAGAUGUUUGUGAUUGACAGAAGUAAAACUGUUUUUGCCACUUACAAAGAUUCAUCUGUAAUAGGGAGCCUAUUAGGUCUUCCCUUACCAGAGCAACUUCAGGACAUGUCAACACAGACUGUGGAAGAUGAGGCAGAGCCUGAAGAUGCAGAUGAUGAGGAGGAGGAGGAACAGGAACCUGCAAAAGAAGGGGAGGACAUGUUUAUGAACCAGGGACUUUUGUUCCAGUCACAGAUAGCAUAUGAGAUUCACUGCUAAAAUAUAGUCACAGUCAAUUGCUGUGCCUCACAUUAUAAGAGGGCCCUGGGUAUAUAUGAAUAGUCAUAUCUGAGUGUGACUAUGUGAUACUAUUAGAAAGUCAGUUAGUAAAUAUAAUGAUUAACUGCCUGAAUAGAUGGUGGGAUAUGAGGCCAUAGCCCAUUUGUAUAUUGAUUUUUGAAAUGGAUAUACUGUUUCUACAGAACCCUUUAUGUAAGGGCAUGCCAAAGCUGAAACAGGAAGUCAGAUCCCUCCUCAGAACUCAAGGGCUGUUCGGCUUUAGUGGAAUGGGGUUGAAAUAUUAUCAAGAUCCUCAAUACUUUACUGUGCAAGUCCGUCACUGCAUUACUCAAUGUGCCGACAGAGGAUGUAGUUUAGGUUACUGAGUGUGAGGUUUGACCAGAGCCUUGACUUCAUAUGUUUAAACUGUUAAGUACACAUUUUUUUUAGCUUUCAUUAGAACGAACCUCAAAAUGUUAUGCUUUUUUACAAUGACAGGAAACUCACUAAAGUCUAAAAUUACAAGGUUCUUUUUGUUUACAGGAUCUAAAGUCACUGUUGAAUAACUGUAUGGCAUUGGGAUAAUAGUAGAAUAAUAACGGGCAUUUCAAGUACAAAGAAAUGGGGAGGUACUGAUAACAGUGGCUCCUAAACUGAAUAAAUCUUUGAAAGAACUUAUAAAUGUUGUUUCUAAAAUGUGAAGCAGCAAAUUAAGAAAAUAACACUCUUAAAACAUUUUAUAUAUUUAUUCCUUUGCUCCUUCUGUUUCUCCUAUUUGCACUCUUAUAAUUUUUAACUGUGAUUUAGUAUAGCACUAGUUCUGUCUGGUUGUUCACUUUCCAGAUUUUACAGGUCUUGAGUUUUCAUAGGAAAACAGAUGAUGCCAUAUUACUACAGCAUCACAUUUAUAAUCAAACACUUCAGCGAUGGUAAGAGAAAGUACUAAAUUCAGUAUCAGAAUAACAUUAGCUAUGUUAUACCUCUUCGGAAAUAAAUAGAUAAUUGUCAAGUCCUUUAAGAAAAACAGUCAAACUAAACUCAUUAUGCAACCUUAGUUGUAGAAAUAAAAGCAGUGCUGAACUAUUAUAACAAAAAGCUUUGCUGAAACUGCAUAAAACUUAACAGUAUUGACACUUUAUUGGAACAGUUAAUGCAGAUUAGCCAGAGGAAUAAUUAGUACUCAUCUCUUUAAAGAACUUGGGUAGGAACAACAGGGGUUCUACUUGAAAAUGUAAGCACUGGAAAAGCAUUAUUGACAGUUUUUUUGGAAAAUUAUUCAGAGAUAAGUUCUUAUGAAAAUUAUAUAAGGCAAAGAUAUAAAAAAAAACUAAGAAGAGAACAUAACAACACAAUGUUAACUUCUGUGUCAAUGGCAGCACUAAGUUCUGUCUGGUAUUUGCCCAGGCUGCUCAUAAGCAACAUAAGCAUAGUCCUCUGAGAAAUUAAAGUCUAGCUUUUGUGUCCAUAGUACUAAUAGUAUCUGCUGUGAACAUUCAUAUAAACUGCUACAAAAGUAGAUGGCAGAGGCAGUAACUAUUCCAUGUCACUAUGUCAAUCUUUAAUUAAAAAAAGAAGCAUAUAUUUUCUUUGUAUUCAGUUUGGCUGUUGUUCAUCUACAUACUUGUAUUGCAGUCCUUGACACUUUAACUGUAACAAGUAAAAUAACAUUUGUAUGUAAACUGGGUGCUCACAUUAAUAUUUUCUUAGGGCACAGAAAAUAAGAAACUAUACCAAUGAAUCCUUCUUAAGUUUUACUUGACUAUCCUGGAUAUAAUAAAUUAUUUCACUUUUAAACUAUGUGGAUAGUAUUUGCAGUCCUCCCGUUGUUAAUGUUUCAAAACUCAGUAGAACAAUGAAUAUUAUUUUUUGGUUACAGUAUACUACGUGCACCAGAAAAACAGGUGAACAUGCUGACUGCAUAGAAAGUGGUCUAGUUAUAUUUAAUUACAUGAUAAACACAAAGGCUUAAUCAUUAAUUAUAAUGAGAACUAAUAAAGUGGUCGAUCAGAUUAAGAUAAUACAAAGGCCAAAUCAUGAAUUCCUCUACAAGGAUUAACAAUAUUGCAAAGACUAAAAAGACAGAGGAAAUGCUUGAAGAAAUGAAGAAAAAACGCAGAACAUGGAUCAAACUAGAAAGGCUUCCAACAGAUCAACAUACAUUGCCCUGUGCAAGCAAAAUCAAUGUCAUCAGUCCAAGUUCACUAUAGCUAAGAGCACAGACAGACCGCAAGUAAUGCAUCUUUUUUUAUAUGUGCAGCAAUCUAGCAAAAAUGAGCAAUAACAGAGAGACAGAUAGACAGACAAAGAUGAAGUAAUGCUUGCCUGAGGAGAACUGAGAAGAGCUUUGUGGGGAAAAUGUGUAGAAGAGUUUGAAGAAUAUUGUCAUUCUGCAGCUGAAAUAGGCCUCUGAAAAACCAGUAAGCUGAAAAAGGCCUGUAUGGUAUAUACUUUUAAAGGUCAUAUAAUACAUUAUCUUAAAGUAACCAGAAAUUAAAUUCACCCAUCCACCCACAACCUAUUUUUCCCACUUUUUGCACAUGGGGUAAGAACUGAUACCUUGACCCCUAACUAGAAAUUAAAUGACCACUAUAAAAAUAUUAGCUUUUUUGUCUAAAGAACUUGUUGAUGGAAAGGUGGGGAGUUGGAAAAGUAAACUACAGUAAAAAAAACAGAAAAAUUACUUUGUUAGGAUUAUGUCUAACUUUCUGCAAGAUAUUAAGACCCAGCUGGACUUUUCUGAUCACAAGAGUCUGUGCACUGAAACUAAAAUGGACAUUUUAAGAGUUAGCCUAAGGAUAUGAAUAUAAGAACUGUUUCAUGGCAUUGCUUUGGUAACAUAUAAGAAGAAGUCAGAUGCAAGAUAACUUCAAAGUAGUUUACCUACACAAAGAUUUUUAAUGUCAUCAUAAAGAAACCAUAAAAAGCAAGAGAGAUAUUACUCUGUUAAUUUUAAACUGACUCAUCUUGAUAGAAGGGAGCUGGUGUCGUUUCUAAGAGUUGAAGUAACCAUGAUUAAAAUUUGACUGAAGACUAAUAAAACCGUAUUACUCAUUAUUAUUAAUAUUUAUAUGUAAUAAUGAGAGUCAAAAAAUAUAAUUUUUGUGAGAACAAUAUCUCAUGUUUCUGCUUGUUUAUUCAUGAAAUAUGUUGAAUGAUUGCUUUCAUGUAUUUUUCAUUACUUACUGUUGUGAAUAAUUUUGAUUACUAACUAAAAUUGUAUCUGAAUGCAAUGACAGCAUCAGUAAUUAGUCUGGGUUUGAAGUCUCUUGACAAAGAAAAUACAUCUCCUAAUAGACGUUUUUUUCUUCAGUAAAACUCUGUAUCACUUAUUAAUUAUGUGGUAACAUAUAUACUCUAUAACACUCUUAUAAAUUCCUGGAAAAUUGGUACAUGAAAACCUCAUAGUGACCUAUCCUGAAGCUGCUUAAAAGUUAAAAUUCUGACUUUAUUUCACCUGCAUACUUGAACCACGUCUGAGGCGAUAUGUUUACAGCACCAAACUGAACAUAGCUACAGGAUGUAUAAUACAAUGUCAGUAUCAAUAAGUAUUGAUCAAAUAUAGGGUUCUGGAAUAUACAACUGUCCUAGUAACGUUCUUGGCUCAGCACUUAUGCAGGAAUACAAGAAUGUAAGGAAAGGACUUUUUUCUGGGAUCAGAAAUUUAUAGUGGUUAAUUAAAAUCUGUCUGUAAUUUCCCUAAAUGGAAAAUUAAAAUUUUAUUUGAGCCAUA